CUGACGGCGCGCGGGAUGGUGGCGAGCCUGGCCGUCGGCGCCAUGUACAGCGUCAUCGUCAUGAAGCUCGUCCUCACCACGGGCCUCGUCCCCACGCUCAACGUCUCCGCCGCGCUCAUCGCCUUCGUCGUCCUCCGCGGCUGGACCAAGGCGCUGGCACGCCUCGGCGUCGUCGCCCGCCCCUUCACGCGCCAGGAGAACACCGUCGUGCAGACCUGCGCCGUCGCCUGCUACAGCAUCGCCGUCGGAGGUGGGUUCGGGUCCUACCUGCUUGCGCUCGACAAGAAGACCUACGAGGCGGCGGGUGAGGACACGGCGGGCAACGUGCCGGGGAGCUUCAAGGAGCCCGGCAUUGCGUGGAUGACCGGCUUCCUGCUCGCCGUCAGCUUCGUGGGGAUUCUCGCGCUCGUCCCACUCAGGAAGAUUAUGAUAAUCGACUACAAAUUAACUUAUCCAAGCGGGACUGCAACAGCUGUGCUUAUAAAUGGAUUCCACACGCCUCAUGGAGAUGCUAUGGCAAAGCAGCAAGUAAAUGGAUUCACAAAGUACUUUGGAAUCAGCUUCUUCUGGAGCUUCUUCCAAUGGUUUUUCUCUGGUGGAGAUAGUUGCGGGUUCUCGCAGUUUCCUACGUUUGGAUUAAUAGCAUGGAAAAACUCAUUCUUCUUUGACUUCAGCCUCACAUAUGUUGGGGCAGGGAUGAUAUGUUCCCAUCUUGUGAAUCUGUCUCUCCUUCUUGGUGCCAUUCUCUCCUGGGGUGUCAUGUGGCCGCUGAUCAGUGAUUUGGAAGGGGACUGGUAUCCAUCAAAUAUACCUGAAAGCAGCAUGAGCAGCCUGCAAGGUUACAAGGCCUUCGUAUGCAUAGCUCUCAUCCUAGGAGAUGGCCUAUACAAUUUUGCCAAGAUUAUUGCAUUGACCGUUAAGAAUCUGAUUGAAAAAUCAAAACUAAAGAACACAAAGAAAGAGGAAGACAUUCCGGUGCUCGAUGACCUUCAUCGUAAUGAAGUUUUCGUAAGAGACAGUCUCCCUACCUGGCUAGCCUAUUGUGGUUACAUUGCACUAUCAGUCCUUGCAGUAAUUGCCAUUCCCAUGAUGUUCCGCGAGAUGAAGUGGUACUAUGUUAUCAUAGCAUACGUAUUGGCUCCUGCCCUGGGGUUCUGCAAUGCCUACGGUGCCGGCCUUACUGAUAUGAACAUGGCCUACAAUUAUGGGAAGGUCGCCCUUUUCAUUCUUGCAGCCUGGGCUGGGAAAGACUCCGGUGUAGUUGCAGGCUUAGUAGGCUGCGGUCUGGUGAAAUCACUGGUAUCCAUAUCUGCUGAUCUGAUGCAGGAUUUCAAGACUGGGCAUCUCACAUUAACAUCACCUAGAUCAAUGAUAAUUGCUCAGGGUAUCGGCACUGCCAUGGGCUGUGUCAUCGGGCCACUGACAUUCAUGCUGUUCUACAAGGCGUUUGACAUAGGCAACCCAGAAGGACCCUGGAAGGCACCGUAUGCUCUGAUCUACCGAAACAUGGCAAUUCUUGGUGUUGAGGGUUUCUCUGCCCUACCCCUGCAUUGCUUGCAGCUGUGCUAUGGAUUCUUUGGCUUUGCGGUGGUGGCCAACCUUAUGAGGGACCUCUUCCCGGCAAAGUAUGGCAGGUGGGUUCCCCUGCCGAUGGCAAUGGGUGUUCCUUUCCUUGUAGGCGCGAGCUUUGCCAUCGACAUGUGUGUCGGGAGCUUGGUAGUCUUCAUCUGGCACAGGUUUGACAGAAGUAAAGCAGCACAGAUGGUUCCUGCAGUUGCGUCUGGUUUGAUAUGUGGGGAUGGGCUCUGGAUCUUUCCUUCUGCCUUGCUUGCGCUGGCAAAGAUCAGUCCACCGUUGUGCAUGGCAUUUAGGUCUACACACUAGAAGGGCAACAAGCUAGGUCUAUGUACAGUUAGAAGAGAUACCGCCUGGCAAAGCAUGCAGUAAAUAGAUUUUGCAUAGCAGGGCGAAAUUGUAGCAUAUACAUGCAUUUUUAUACUCCCUCCGUCCCAUGAAACUUGACUUAACUUUCUCUACAUUUGGAUGUAUCGAGACACUAAAUGGUACAUCUAAAUGUAGAGAAAGUUAAUACAAAUUUCAUGGGACAGAGGGAGUA